UCGGGGCUUCGAAUCAUCCCGACCAAGCAAGCCGAGGGCAACUUCAAGGUCGGCUGGCUCCACGCGCGCACUACCGGUACGAGCGAGGUAGACCAAGGAUCUCAAUUCCUAGACAACGCUCUCCUCCUGCGUCCACGACAUGAAAUCGAUCGAUCACUCGUAUGCUCUAGCGGUGGCUUCGGUCGGUCCUUGACCACAGUGCGUCAGGAGUGCCUUCACCAGAUCUGGCAAAUGCAACUGGAUCGACGCUUCGUCACAGCGUUAAAUAACCAAAGCCCACAAAGCGCGUGAAGACAUGGGCUAGUAUUUUUCUCCAACGUGAUUGCUUGUCUGCACCGAUGCCCCGUCGGAAGAGUUCGCCUCUCGACAGCGCUCAAAUCACGAUGCAAAAUGAUUGCCCUUGAAACCGCCACCGUUGGCCGUUGACGCGCCAUGCAUUCGUGCGCCAUCAGCUUGGCGCUCGCAGUACUCGACGCCAUGCCACCAACGCACAUGACACCGCAGCUACGGCGACAGCUCUCAGACGAAGCGCGUCGUCUCUUCCUCGAGGCCCACGAGUCCCCUCCGACAACGUCGUUGCCGCGCGCGUUUCAGGACAUGCGCUGCCACCUCCUCAUCGAAGGCCAAGCGUCGCGGCACUUGCUCGUGCAGCUCGUGGCGUCUGGGAACAGCUACAUGUUUCGACACCACCUCGAAGCCAUUGGCGCCGACCUACUCCUGCUCAUGCACCACGGCGUUGCGACCAAGUGGAUCACGUAUGCGACCGGCGACCACGAGGCUUUGCACGUCUUCUUAUCCGAGCUCGCGCGUCACGACCCACAGAGCUUACUUGCGGAUGUGCAGCAGUUUCUCGACACGAUCGCGUCCCUCGAUGUCCUCGAAAUCGUCGCCGCGAGUGCAAGUGCCGAGCUCCAAGCGACGACUCCAACGCGCAUCUAUCGCGCGACAACGCCGACGACCGCGUACAUGUUUACAUGCGACGCGGCAACGGGCGUCCCGAUCUCCAUCGACGCGGGCGCCGACACGCGCAUUCUUGUGACCUACUACAACCGUCUCGGUGGCGUCGUCGUGCUCCAGCCACCGCGUGGCGUGCCGUCCGACUUGGAGCACAUGAUGGCGUCGGCUCUCGACGCCUUCCACGCGACGUGGUCGCCGAUUGGACAGCGAGAGGCGCAGGAUAUUGUCGACGAGGUAGACCACGACCGUGACGGCUUCAUCGGCCGCCACGACGUCAUUGACCAGCUCUGCGAAGCGUCGUACGGCCUCGAGACAGCUCGGAAAACCGCGUCGGAGAUGACGCGGCUUCUCUGCGGCGGAAACCCCUCGGAAGAAGUCGGCUACGAUGCCUUUCUAGCGUUUUGGCUCGUCAUGCUGGCCGACGGGACCCGUACUAUUGACGACGAGGCUUCCAUGCUUGAAGCAUUACAUCAGCUCUUUCAUGGUCCCCAGCACCGCGUCAUGCGUGUGUAGAUCUCUCACUAUAAUGCGCUAGUGCUCAUAUCUAGCUGUCCAUUGCAUCCCACCCAACAUCCACGGGCAGAGUGUAGCAAUCAUAUCACUUUCUUGCCGAAAUACCUGCAAGGAUCGCAGCCAAAUUUCUUUUGAGCCG